AGGAGGACUGCUGGGUGCAGCAGGAGGACUGCUGGGUGGUGAAGCCCCCCAGAAGAUGACACGCUUCGCCUGGCUGAAGGUGCUGAACCUCGAGAACGCCCGAGUGUCAUGGAAGGUUCUUCGUGGGACUGAGCUUGUGCUGAACCUGUACUCGAAGCUGGUGCUCCGCUUCCCAGGGAUUUUUCAGUUUCUGAGUGGAUCCUCAGUAGAAGCAAACAUCACAUCACACAUGGCCCUGACCCAGGACUCCCCUGGUGACCUUAAGCUGGUGCUUAAGGAUUGCAGCAACCUCCUUGGUGGCUUCAGCGUCAGCCUGAGGAAGGGCCUCCUCACCAAUCUGGUGAGCAGCUUGCUGAACAAGUCUCUUAAGUCCCUCGUCCCUGCGCUGCUCUGCCCAUUAGUGAACGUGUGGGUCAGCAUCAUCAACAUUAAUCUGCAAUUCCUUAACCGUGUCAUCUCCUUUGGGCUUCUGGGGAAAAUCUACUCUGCCUUCUCCAAACUGCCAGUGACAUCUGGGCACUAUGUGGAGCUGGAUCUGCAGAAUUCCCCAUUCCCAAGCUCCUUCAUCGACUGGCUCCUUCAGACUGCAGGUGUCAACCCCAGCAUCAAUCCGUAGCUGCAGGACUGGCAGAGCCCUGGGUGCCCCUGCAGGCGAUUCCCCAGGAGGAGGAGGAGGAGGGAAGGGAGGAAAACGACUCAGAAGGUGGAGAAUAGACAUGAAAAUGGAGAAACCCAACCAGGAAAAGACUCUUUCUUCUGUUCUAUGUUUCAGCCUUCUCAGAUUUUGGUGUCUCUGUCCAGCCUAGAGUUAUCUGUGUCAAUGAUACUCUGUGCCAAUAAUGAUAAGUCAGUAAUUAGCCACAUUGAUAAUUAGCUGUGUCAGUGAUCAGCCAUGUUGAUGACACUGUCCCUCCUGGCUGUAAUGGUCACAAACCACUUGUUGUGGCACUCACUGAUGAAGGGAUGCCCUUGAUCCCCUGGUUUUCCCUCACACCCAUCCCAGCUUCACUAGGGCUGGAGUUUAGGCCAGGUAAUGGCUCAGCA